UUGCUAACGUUGUGAACGAGGUGCCUCUAGCUCGUUCCCCCUCCCCGGUACCCGACAUUCCAGACAAAAGGAACAGUCUGGUGCACAAGAGGUGAGCAUUUUAACAUUUCACCCCUGUCAGCACUUCUACCCUCUAUUACACAGUCCCUCUAUCACAGAGUUACCUGUCUGUGGUAUAGUAUAAUAAUGGAAAUAACCUCGUUUGAUGGGAUGAUGGAAGAGAUAGACAGACUGGUAGGAGUUACCACUACCAAACACAUCCUGCCCCGGCCUGCUAGACACACGCUACUGAACCACCUUCAACAGAGCAGGGAGUUCCUCCCCUUCUCUGGGGAUGUACCAGGACACACCAGGAUAUACCAGGAUAUACCAGGACACCUCUCUCCUCUACCCUACAGACUGUACAACCCCUCCCUCUCUGAAGAACUGUCUCCCCCUUCUUAUAGACUGUGCGAAGAAGAUGACUCUGUGGUGAGCAGUGUGGUGGAGACUAUCAGUGAGGUGAUGGGGGUGAGUUACAACUCUGUUAGUGUGCUCAGACUAACUGCUAACACUGAGGGUAACACUGAGGACCACGUGUUGGAGGAAUGUUCUAGACGGGACCCCUCCUUCCCUGUCUUUAUCUUCUCUCUCAACGGACCUAUCACUCUCAAGUUUACUGGGUGUCACAGGAGCAGGAGACAACAGAAGCUGAUCCCAGAUCGGGAGGUGUUUAAGAACUGUGGAGUGUCUAUCCAGGAUUGUGUCCUGAGACAAUAUGACUUUAGUUUGGUGUGGAGGAAAACGUCUUGCUCUCAGUAUGUGUUAGUGUGUAGAGUGGAUGUGGAGAGAGUAGAGGCUAUGGAUAUGAGUGAUGUUUUGUUACAAAGAUGUGGGGUAGAGACUCCUCCUGGCUCCAGUAUUGGUAGUGAGGGCUACUUUUCAUCUUUGUACCACAGGAACUACAAUGAAGCAGACACGUCGCCAGGAGAAGACGAAGGAGAAGAAGAAGGAGAGCAGGAUGUUCCAAUGUUCUCGUACCCUGACUCUGUCUACUCAGACUGGGAUCUCAGCAACAACUCUGAUAUCUCCAUCUUCUGCCCGAGGUAACACUCUUCUGCCCGAAGUAACACUGACACUGCUACUCCGCAAGCAAUCCCACACAGCCGCAUUUUAUUGAUUAUUUGCAAACCACUUGAUUUAGAAAAACAUACCUCCGUGAUAUGUGCGUUAUAUGUGUGAUAUGUGUGAUAUGCAUCACAAAUAUUGACUAUGAGUAUGACAGUAAGUGUAAACUAUAAAAUGUUAAAAGUAUAAGGUUAACAUGCAGUGCACUUGCUCUUGUCUCAUUGCACAUAUAAUACACUCUGUUUAUAUGAGGCUGUAGUUUCAUGUUCUUUGUUAAGGAUGUAGGGGGACCCAGGUGGACUGCGUUAAAGUGAGUCUAAUUAGUAAUUAGUUAAUUAGUGAGUCUAAUUAGUAAUUACUAAUUAGUUAAUUAGU